AUGCACUCUCUCCCUUGCACAACAUUUUCUGUUUCUUUUCUCCUCCGUCUUUUCUGUCUUUCUUUUCUCUUGCAUUUCUGUCUUUUCUCCUCCUUCUUUUCUUUCUUUCUUUUCUCCUCCUUUUCUCUCUUUCUUUUCUCCUCCUUCUUUUCUCUCUUUCUUUUCUCCUCCUUUUCUCUCUUUCUUUUCUCCUCUUUCUUUUCUAUGUUUCUUUUCUCCUCCUUCUUUUAUCUUUCUUUUCUCCUCUUGCAUUUCCCUCUUUUCUCUUCCUUCUUUUCUAUCUUUCUUUUAUCCUCAUUCUUUUCUGUCUUUCUUUUCUUUUCUUUCUGUUUUAUUUUUUCUUCUCUUUCUUUUCACCUCUUUCUUUUCUUUCUUUCUUUUCUGUCUUUCUUUGCUCCUCAUCCUUUUCUAUCUUUCUUUUCUGUCUUUGCCUUCUGUAUUUUUUUUCCUUCUUUCUUUUCUCCUCAUUUUCUGUCUUUCAUUUCUGUCUUUGUUCUGUCUUUCUUUUUUCCUCUUUCUUUUCUGUCUUUCGUUUUUGUCUUUCUUUUCUGUUUCUUCUUUUCUUUCUUUUCUCCACUUCCUCUUCUGUCUUUCUUUUCUCCUCUUUCUUUUCUUUCUUUUUUCUUUUCUCCUCUUCCUUUUCUUUAUUUUCUCCUCUACCUUUUCUUUCUUGUCUUUCAUUUUUUUAACUCAUUUCUCUCUCUACUACAUUUUAUAACCUGUAUUCUCUUUUCAUUUUUUCACUCCUUACAUUCUUUCUUUCUCUUUUUCUUCAAUUUUUUCUUUCAAUUUUGCUUCUGUCUUCAAAAUUUCUUUUUCUUUAAUAUUUUGUUCUUCUUUUUCAUUUUUUUCUUCAUCUUAUUAUAUUCUUUAUUUCUCUUAAUUCUUCCCAUUCUUUCUGUAAAUGUAUUUUCUUUUCUUUUUUAUUUCAGCUCAUCUUUAUACUCUGAAUGUAGUUCUUUCUUUCUUUCUUUCUUUCUUUCUUUUUCUUUCUUACCUCGUUCUUUGUAUGUUUCUUUCUUUUUUCUUCCGACUCUUUUUUUCUUUUUAUUAUUUUAUCCUAGCUUUAUUUUCUUUCUCUCACCAGUGACCUUUGCUCUUUUGACACACUUUCAACCAACCCUUACCACACCGGAUUUUUUCACCUCUCUUCCUCUUUCAUUCAAUCCCUAUUGUCUUCUUUCUUUCUUUCUUUCUUUCUUUCUUUCUUUCUUUCUGUUUUCUUUUUCGUUUCGUGUGGAUUUCAUUUCUUCAUCCAUCUUUCUUUUUCUUUCCACUUAUGUCUUUUACCUUUCAAUAUAUUUCUUUCUAAUUUUCAUUAUAAUUUUUACCUUGUUUCUCUUAUCAUAUUUUCUUGAUUUGCCGCCUACGUUUUCUUUAAAUAUUUCAUUUUUCGUGAAACAUUUUGUCUGUCUUUUGACUUCCCACCAACCAAUUCUUUCUUAUGCUUUAUUUUCUUUUUUGUCUUUUUGUAUUCUUCUGUUCUCAUAA